GUGUAAGUGUAUAGUCUUAGUGUUUGCUUAAUAUUAAAACAUGAAUGAAUAAACAGAAUCUGCCAUAUGUCAGAUAUUUAUUCGGUCUCAAUAUUUCAAAGACAAAGUCGUGAAAGUGAAAGUUCAGAGUCAUAGAUACACAAGAAAUAUUCAGGCCAUGGCGGAAGAGGAGAUGGAUGUGUCUUUAGCAACAGGUGAUUCAGAAUCUCUUAAAGGUGAUAAACGAACAAACAAGAAUAAUGAUUUAGAGAUUGCUUCACAACCACUACCUGGUAGCCAUGCUACUGAAGUAAUACAAACUGAACUACCUGAUUUGUCACAGGCUAGCCAUGACAAAGACCAUGUGGCAGAUGAUCAUGAAAAGGUUGAUCUGGAAUUACGAACUGAAUCUUUUGAGGGUCCAAAUGACAGUUCUGAUACAGAUGAUAUAAGUAAUACACAUGCUACAGCAUUUGAAGAUUCUCCUCUGUCUAAGUCAGUAGAUUUUAUGUUUGAGACAAAGUACGUGAUGCUGAAUUUCAUGAGUUUGUUACCACCUGAGAUGUACAGAGGACAUAUUUCCACCUCACCUGAAGUUGAGUCUGAAGGUAACCAAAGAUUUUGGAAACCUCGUAUGCACCUGUCGAAGAGUAAAUCAUUUGAUACAAGUUCUCAUCAUAGAAAACCUAAUUUAAAACACAUUGGAAAGUUGAAAUCUAUGCAGAGACAUAUGGAUUCUCCUGCCUCUGAGGACAACCUUAGUUAUCGUUACAAGAAAAACUGGAAAGUACUAGAUAGUCCAGGUUGUGAAAGGUUUAAUUCUGAUCCAGGUUCUCCACAGACAGUACAAGAAUUGUUUGAAAAAAGUCACAGUGCUCACGAAUUUAGCAGUCAUUCAUCUCCGUCAGUAAGUCCUCGCAAAAGUUUUCUAUCUCCACAAAGGCAGUUCAGUGAUGCAAGUAGUUCUGGAGAGCUCAGCUACAUGAGUGAUGCUGAUGAUGAAUAUGAAGAAUAUUCCAAUGCUUCUAGUAUAUUUAGUGCAAGAGGUAUAUCCAGCCGUGACGGCUUCCUUGAUCUGCGCAAAAAUGUACACAUUCUUCCAAUCUUGCCAAGUCAGUCAGAAGAUAUGGAUGAACCAGAUGGCUUUCUUCCAAACCCUGAAGACAAUACAAAAGCAACUGCUGAAAGUGGUAAUCUAGGAACAUUACCAGAGGAAGUGAAGGAUGAUUCAAAAGAUGACACUGAGAGACAUAAAGAAUUAUUUCUACAACAGGAGAUUUCUGGUGUGGAUGGUAGAGGUCUUUUAAAGCAGACUGCUGAUAGAUCUAAGCUUAAACUCAACAUUCCGUGUGAACCUGUACAACUAGAUGAUAUUCUUUUAUCACUAAGUACUGAACUUAGUACUGAAAUUGAUGAAAUGGAAUCAGAAUUUGAGGAAGCUCUGCAGAGUGCCAGGAGUAGGAUGAGUCACUCUGGUAUCCCUACACCCCUCACACCCCAGAGUGAGGCAGCAAGAGUACUGGCACGUAUUGGGGAUGAAGUUAAAGAACAGUAUGGGGCUCGUCUUGCAGCAGCGGUGAAUGGACUAACCUAUGAGCAGAUCAGUAGCUUGUCAUAUACACAGUUCAGAGAUAUAGCACAGUCAGUAGUGAUGUCAGAGGUACCAGGAUGGAGACAGGUGGCCUUACUGAUGGUAUUUGGUCAGAAAAUUAUCUGGGGAGCUGUCCAGCAUGGUAAUACACAUUUUGGAAAUGUGAUAGACUACUGCACACAGUUUGUAGCGGAAAUAGCUGCAGAUUUCAUCAUUAAACAAGGAGGAUGGGGUUCUGUGAUGAACUUUGACCCCAGUUCUGACACCCAGGGUUCAACAGACUUUGACACUUCCCCAGAGAUGGUGGUAGAUUACUUUACCAGCCAUGAUGUCACACAAGUAGCCAGUGAGAAAUGUAUAGAUGGUACAGAGGGAGAAGCAACAAACAAUGAACCAGGUAUUGGUGAUAAGGAAGACAAAAGUAUGGUUGAAGAUGAAGAACAAACAAAGACUGAUGAACCAAAUAUGGUCUUAGGUCAGGGGUUGACAGUGCAGACAUGCAAGACAAGGUAUGCCUCUAGCAUUGGGUUUGAGUACACAGAUGAAAUAGAAGGACUUUCUGAAGUAGAGAUACGAUCUGAUUCAGAACAGGACUUAAAUAUAGCCUUCUCUCAUUCAGCCAGUGCCGAGAGAAAUGUUGAUGUUACAGAAAAUGUCUAUGUUGAGGAGAAUGUGGAUGUUACAGAAAAUGUCAAUGUUGAGGAAAAUGUGGAUGUUACAGAAAAUGGCAAUGUUAGAGAAAGUCAAGAAAAAAAUGACAAGGAAAGUGAUGAUACAGAAUGUUUCGUGGAGGAAACUAUAGAUGGAGCAUUGAACAAUAAUCAUGAUGUAACCAAAGUUCCAAAUGAUCUCAUCAACAAGAACAUGGAAAAUGUUGCAAACUCUAAUGACUAUGACAGAGAUUCUGUCUAUGUAAGACAGGCAACACCAAGUGCAACUUUGUUUGAUAGUGCUGUUGAUGGUUUGUAUGAAGACAGAGUCAUGAGUAGUAAUAAUGCUAACAAAGAACCAGUGAAUGACAUCGAUUCUAGAGAAGGAAACUCUGAUUCUGAAAGGAAAACAGUUGUGAACUGUGGUAUUGUUGAUAAGGCAGUUUUAAACUGUGAAACUAGAGAGGAAAGCCUGAAAGGUAAUGAAAUUACUAACAAUGAAACUGUAGGCAAUGAAACUAUAGAUUUGUUACAUUUGAACAAUACUACAAUUGACAACAAUUCUGUAAAUGAUAGUUCUUCUAAAGGAGCAUCAGCAGGUAAUGUUGUAGUUGCAGAGGGGAAAAUUGUCAAUAGAAAGUGUGGAAGCAAUGAAGCUUUUAACACUACUACUCAAAUGUUGUCUGGAGAUGAUGAACCUUUAUUGAAUAAAGGUGAUCUCAAAAACAUUGGUGAAUCAAAUGUGAACAACAAUCAAAUUAAGUCUGAAGUAGAUAGCUACACCGAAGACAUCACUCGGAGUGAUAAUAAUUGCGAAUAUAAAAGUGAUGAGGAAUGCAUAGAAAAUUCUGAAAGGGACGUAACUGAGGAGCAUCAGGUUCCAGCAACCCACAGAAGUAUAGGUUUCAGAGUUGCUGCCCUUGCUUUUGCAGUUUUAGUUGUAGGAAUUAGCGUUAGAUUUGCAACUGUCACUAGGUAGUAGAUUUAAACUGCUGAUGUACUUUCUAUGUAGUCAUUUGAAUAACGUGACAAUCAUUGCAAGAAGCAAGUCAGAAGUUUACUUAGAUCAUUCCAUGUUAUAAUUUAUGUACAAAUUAACUUUAAUUUUUUGGGACCAUUCAGACAUUUUCAUACUAUUGUGAGUUACCAGUUAAUAAAUUUGGUCACAUUUAAAAAAAAAUACAUUAUGCUUAUUUCAAGAGUCUCUGUUAUUUUGAUAUGCAUUAGAUGCAAGAUUACAUAUCAGAAUAGUGAUUUAAUCAGAAUGAUCUCAGGUGCAAGCAGUGCCUACCAGUUAAUGUAUUGAUGUGGUGCCAUGUAGAUUUUUGUACACCUCUGAGCUUUUCCACAUAUUCAAUAGCCUACCUUCCUCCCGUUUAUUUUCUGGGGCGGGGAAGAUGAGGCAUAUAUGCGUAUGUAUAUUUCAUUCACAUUAAGGUGAAAUUAAGGCAACAUGAUGUUAACAAGAUUUUGUGUUGGAUGUUUUUUUAUGCCCCCGAAGGGAGGCAUAUUAGUUUUCAACUGUCCGUCCGUUCGUUAGUUCGUUCGUCACAACGUUAACUUUUUGCAUGAAGGCACUUUACUCGCGAACCACUGCACCCAGGACCUUCAAACUUCACAUGCUGAUAGUACUUAUUGAGUACACAACCCCUAUUGACUUUGGGGUCACAGGUCAAAGGUCAAGGUCACCAGGUCAAAGGUCAAGGUGCUGCAGGGGGCAUUUGUCACCAUUAGUGACAGCUCUUGUUUUUUUGUCAUAUACAUGUAACAGUGCCAUUAAAACACACUUGCUCAAUACGUGUGUGAUUAAGAGUUCAGGCACUGUGAAGAUGUUAAAUUUUUACUUGAGAUUUAUUUUCUCAGAUAUAAAGGUUAAGUCACGGAUAUAAAGGUAAAUUCAGUCUGUGAAAUCUAAUGCCAGUGUGAGUAAAGCAGUAAAAUUUCCAGCCAUUUUAUGUUCAAAGGUCAAAAUCAAUGAACCUAUAUCCCCAUGAAAUAGCUGCGGUAGCCCAACCCAAGAAAUUAUGUGCACACAAACUAUUUCUCACUUACUUUAAAUGUAACAGGUCAUUCUGUUCUCUGAGUAUGAAAAGUGAAGCUUAUUUUAAUAACAUGCACUAAUGGUGAUUCCAAGACAACCUACAUAUCGAGACUAAGAAAAAGUGCUAAUAUUUGAUCUAAAUUUAAAUUCACAAAACCAUGUUUUAUGUCCUUUGACCUGGUUCCAUUACUUCAUAUCAGCCCAAAAUUGAGGUCAAAAAUGAUAUAGGACAGACUUUACAUUUGAGACAUAUUAGAAUUGUAAUUAUAUAUAGCAGACAGAUGUUUUUAAAUUCUCUGAUCAGUUAAUUCUGACUUCACCCUCAUGAAAUUGUUUGAUAUGAAGUAUAACCACUUUUGCAUGUUUUAAUCAAUUAAAACAUGUUUCUGCUAUAUUAUAUGUUAUUUCUUCUUUAAAGUGUAAUGAAAUAUCUGUUAAUGAUAUUUUUAAACUGUUAAGAAUCUUAGUUUAGAUUAUACUAAUUUAUUUUAGCUUGAUUGUGACGAAAGCUUAAAGCUUAUUUGAACCACUCUCGAGUUCGCUUCCUGGAAAAACCAGUACUGUUGUUGUAUGAGAAGUCGUGAAUAUUUACAUUAAACACUGAAAUUAUAUAUUUGUUAGUGACAUAAUAGUCUAUAGGGCAUACCGUUUUGGAAUAUUCCUGUUUGAACUGUUUUGUUGAGUCUUGAUUAGAUAGAACUUGUUCAUAUUUAUUUUUUAUGACUUAAACGUACAUUUUGUGUGUAAUUUUAUCUUUGUGGUGAAAUGAAUAUACAGUUGACAAAACCUUCAGCUUUUGAACAAACUAUUUAUUGAUUGAAAAACAAAAUAAGAGCUAACAGGCAAAGCUUUUAUGUGAUAUGAAUUGUUGAUAAUGCUCAUUUCUUAGUGGGUGCAAAUUUUGUUAAAUAUAUGAGCCGUGCCAUGAGAAAACCAACAUAAUGGCUUUGCGACCAGCAUGGAUCCAGACCAGCCUGCGCAUCCGCGCAGUCUGGUCAGGAUCCAUGCUGUUCGCUAACAGUUUCUCCAAUUCCAAUAGGCUUUAAAAGCGAACAGCAUGGAGCCUGACCAGACUGCGCGGAUGCGCAGGCUGGUCUGGAUCCAUGCUGGUCGCAAACCCACUAUGUUGGUUUUCUCAUGGCACGGCUCAUAUGCAGUUUGUUAAAUACAUGUAGUUAUUAUAUUCCUGUAUUUUCCUAUCAUUUAAAAACAAAUCUCAUACUGUGAAAUCAUUAAUGUACGUGGGGGACUCAUUUUCGUGGAUUUCGUGGUUGAAUCAAUCCACGAAAUUUAAUUCCAACGAAAAGGUGAAAUUCCCAUUCAUUUUAUGUUCAGACGUUGAAAUCCACGAAGUUACAUCCCCACGAAAUUGCCGUUUUGACCAAAACCACGAAAUUUCAUGCCCACGAAAGUAAAUGAUUUCACAGUAUUAAUAAUCAAGGUGUCUGUGUCUGAUUGGUUGAUUUUUGAAAUUUUUUAAUCACUUAUCUCACUGCUGUGAUUCAAGACCCUGGUAAAGAUUUAGAAUUCCUUCAUGUGAAGAAGUCAUCUAGAAGGUGGAUGGUUCAGUCCAGGUGCCCGCCUGUGUCUGAAGUAAUGUCAUUAGGGAAAACUAGGGUUUUCAUACACCUUUGAAAGCUGCCUUAUGGUCUUAAUUGUGUUUGUCUGACAAAAAAACAACAACAAAACAAACAUGUUUAGAAGCACAAAACCAGUAAAUUCAGUCAUUUUUUUCUUCUUCAACAAAUGUGAAGCUUAAAGGAGCAUGUCUCCAGAAUUGUGUAAAAAAUUUCGAAAUUGAAAAAUAUUAUAGCAAAUAGGAAGUAAAAUCCUAUUGUUACAAUGAAAUCUUAAUAGUUGAUUUUGUAUUUAGUUAUGUCCUCCAAAAUCAUUUGUGAAAUGUGUAAAUUCUGUAGAAAACUAGUCUAAUACAUGAGUGACAUAGUAGAACGUGAUGUAAAAUGGUAGGAUUUUACCUUUAAUAAACAGAUAACUCGAAGUAUACACAUAGAUCUGAGUUGUGACUAUUGAUAGUCUGUAGGUAUUGUUAUAUGGUUUGUUAUAUUAUGUUUAGAGGCAUAUGCCUUUAAAAUUUAAAGAUUUAUUAAUUGUUAUCUAGGACUUCUCAUCAUAUUGUCCUAAAGUAAAAACAAACAGUGCAUCUGUAUUCGGUUGUAGCAUGAAUUACAAUUUCUGUUUCUUAUAAAAUGGAUAGUAUGUAACUCUGAAAUUCCUGUAUUUUUAGAAGGGUAAAGUUUAGAAUAGUUUACAUAUAAUAUCAUUCAGUACUAGUAUUUUUACAAGCUAGAUGACAUCUUGCAUUUUCUAAGCAGAUCAGGAGAAGAUGCAACCAGCAUCCAUUCGUGGUUAUAGGACCUUAAGAAAACUAUUUGCAUUGCCACACUAUUUGUGAAGCAUGCCCACAUUAUCUGUGAAACAUUCCCACACUAUUUGUGAAGGAAUCCCUCACCAUUUGUGAAGCAUCCCCACACUAGUUGUAAAGUAUUCCCACACCAUUUGUGAAGCAUUCCCACAUGAUCUGUGAAGCAUUCCCACACUAUUUGUAAGACAUUCAUACAUUAUCUGUGAAGCAUUUCCACACUAGUUGUGAAGCAUUUCCAUACUAUUUGUGAAACAUUCCCUGAUUAUCUGUGAAGCAUUCCCACACUGUUUGUGAAGCAUUCCUCAUUUUCCGCAUGUAUUAUGUAAGGGACUAGCAAAACACCAUCUUGAUUUCUUUAGGUAAAAACUACAGUAAGAAAGUUCAGUAUUCAAUAUGCAACACAUUAACAUUUUUAUUAGCUCACCUGUCACAUAGUGACAGGGUGAGCUUUUGUGAUCGCCCGUCGUCUGUCGUCAGUCCGUCCAUGCGUCCAUCCGUGCGUCCGUCAACAAUAUCUUGUCUGCACGAUAGUGGUUUCAUUUAUGAUCUUAUUUUAACCAAACUUGCACACAACUUGUAUCACCAUAAGAUCUCAAUUCCUUUCUUGAACUGGCCAGAUCCCAUAAUGGGUUCCAGAGUUAUGGCCCCUGAAAGGGCCAAAAUUAGCUAUUUUGACCUUGUCUGCACAAUAGCAGCUGUAUUUAUGAUUUGAUUUUUACCAAACUGGCACACAACUUGUAUCACCAUAAGAUCUUGGUUCCUUUCUUGAACUGGCCAGAUCCCAUAAUGGGUUCCAGAGUUAUGGCCCCUGAAAGGGCCAGAAUUAGCUAUUUUGACCUUGUCUGCACAAUAGCAGCUUCAUUUAUGAUUUUAUUUUAACCAAACUUGCACAUAACUUGUAUCACUAUAAGAUCUUGGUUCCUUUCUUGAACUGGUGAGAUUCCUUUAUUGGUCUCAGAGUUAUGGCCCCUGGAAGGGCCAGAAUUAGCUAUUUUGACCUUGUCUGCACAAUAGCAGCUUCAUUUAUGAUUUGAAUUUAAUCAAACUUGCAAAAAACUUGUGUCGCCAUAAGAUCUCAGUUUUGUUGAACCGGCCAGAUC